CGCAAAGUAGAAGCUCCAAAGAAUCUUGUCGGCUUUUCGAGAAUCCAAGGGUCAGAAUAGAAUUAACAUCGUUGCCAUGGCAGUCUCAGCAUUCAACCCUUUGAAACUUUCAUCUUCUUCUUCUCUAGAUUCGAUUCCUUCAAUCUCUUCUUCUUCUACUUCUUAUUCUUUAUUUCCGGCAAGCGUCAGCAUCAGAAACUCCGUCGGAUCUCAUUUCAAGAGAUGUCUAAAGCAGUCACGUUCUUCUAUUCGAGCCAUGUCUUCUUCUUCUUCUUCCGCUGCUUCUUCGUCUUCUUCUUUCGGAUCGAGAAUGGAGGAAAGCGUCAAGAAGACGGUUACUGAGAAUAUUGUCGUUGUUUACUCCAAAACUUGGUGCUCAUACUGUACUGAAGUGAAGACAUUGUUCAAAAGACUUGGAGUUCAGCCACUGGUGAUUGAAUUAGAUGAACUUGGUCCACAAGGGCCACAAUUGCAGAAGGUUCUGGAAAGAAUCACUGGCCAACACACUGUUCCUAAUGUUUUCGUUGGAGGUAAGCACAUUGGUGGCUGCACAGAUACAGUGAAGCUGAACAGGAAAGGAGAUCUUCAACUGAUGUUAGCUGAAGCCAACGGUAACACCAAUCAAACUUAAGGAGAUGAUGGAAACUGGUUAUGGAUGGAGAUUUUGCAUACGGAGCUUGGAAGAGUUUUGAAUUCUUUCUUUUGUAAACUCAUUUUAUUUUGUCAAUGCAUUGAACACCAUUCAAAUAAUACACUAUAACUAAAUAACAUAUACACUAUCAUGUAGUAUUAUUUACAUUACAAUAGAGUGAUCCAAAAUAGUUACAACAAG